AUGGAAUGGACCGAUAACCUUAAUCAGAAUGACCGGUUUCUUGUCAUCGAGCUGUCGUUACGCUCCCGUGGCGUGUAUGAGGUCUUCCUCUUAGUUCGUAUCAAAGACGAGAGCAUCCCCAUCUAUAGAGAUAAUUCCCAGGUUUUGAAGAAGGUCGAGGCUCAGUUUAUCCCACGCGAACUCUUGGACAUGGCGGUUCAUUACAAUGAAUGA